AAGGACAGCCCUGGGCGCUAGCAUGGAUAGGGACUAGCGGGCAAGCCGAUGAGAUUCGGCUUUUGCUAGGAUCCAAGGACUAGGGUCUUAUGACGUUGCAAUAUGUGUAAUGUUUGGUAAAUGCCAAAAGCUUGAACACGCGAACAACCCAUUAUUACCUUCUUUCUUCAACCGUUCCGGCGCUAUCUUUGAUAUCGUUACGAACCUUGUCGGCUCCUGCAUCACUGAACCGUCUGUCUUGGACUUGUGCACGCUGCCGUAUUUGGUUCGUGGAAGUUGCAAGGCAGUGACCCCUCAAAAGAUACCACAAGCCCUAACCACCGCCGCAGUCGGAUUGCUCUUCUUCUUGCGUCCCGACGAUUAAGCCCUACAAUAUCUAUCUAUAUUGUACCUGCUCCAUCCGUCAGACAGGCAACACCGUCAAGAUGGUGUACGUACGCCAGGAAUUCUUGCCGAACCUCAAGGAGUACAAAUACUCGGGAGUGGAUCACUCGUUGAUGUCGCGAUAUGUGCUGAAGCCCUUCUACUCCAAUGUGGUGAUCCGCUGCUUCCCCAUGUGGAUGGCGCCGAACCUCAUCACGUUGUCGGGGUUCAUGUUUGUCAUAUUCAACUUCUUCACGCUACUGUGGUAUAACCCGACGCUCGACCAGAAUUGCCCGACAUGGGUCUACUACAGCUGGGCUAUAGGCCUGUUUCUCUAUCAGACCUUUGACGCCGUGGACGGGUCACAAGCACGACGAACCCGUCAAAGCGGCCCGCUCGGCGAGCUCUUCGACCACGGUGUCGACGCGCUCAACACCUCCCUCGAGUGCCUCAUCUUCGCCGGCUGCCAAAACAUGGGCCACUCGUGGUACACAGUCGCGACACUCUUCGCCUCGCUGCUGACCUUCUACGUUCAGACAUGGGACGAGUACCACACCAAGACCCUGACGCUGGGCAUUGUCAGCGGGCCCGUCGAGGGCAUCCUGAUCAUCGUCUGCGUCUACGCCCUGACUGGCUGCGUCGGCGGCGGCAGCUUCUGGCAGCAAUCACUCUUACGCACUGUCGGCGUCCCGGACUCGUGGGGCAUCCCGUCGUUUCUCUACGAGUUCAGCUUCACGCAGUGGUACAUGGUGCAGGGCACCGUAGUUCUCGUCUUCAACACGGUUGAGAGCGCGCGCAAUGUCAUUAAAGCCCGUCGUGCCCGCGGUGACCGCAGCCGAGGUGCAUUGCUGGGGCUGCUUCCCUUCUUCGGCACCUGGUCCCUCAUCAUCGCCUACCUCUGGCUGCAGCCCCUGAUCCGAACUCAGCAUCUUGUCCCCUUCGCCAUGUUCGCUGGUAUCGUCAAUGCGUACAGCGUGGGCCAGAUGAUCACGGCGCAUCUCGUUAAGCUUGAUUUCCCUUACUGGAACGUGCUGGUUGUGCCGCUUGCCUGGGGCGUCUUCGACUCGCUUGGUCCGUUGCUACAGUCUAAGCUCGGGUGGACUUUUGGAUGGCCCAGUGCGCUGGGUGAUGAUGUCUACCAAGUUGCAUUCAUGUUCUCGAUGCUGGGCAUGGCGAUUGGCGUCUAUGGCAGUUUUGUCGUCGAUGUCAUUGUUACCAUUUGCGAUUACCUCGAUAUCUACUGCCUGACUAUUAAGCACCCAUAUGUGGAAGUCCAGGAGGAGAAUAGCAAUGGGAAGAAGGAGAAGUAGAGGUAUUUCUCUCUUGUGUCCGCGUGCGACAGAAAGAAAACGCCAGCAAAGUGGGGAUGUGACAUGAUCUCUCCGAAGUCGUCGGAGAAGCUACGAGCCAUAUACCUUGAGCAAUACGCGAAAGUAACGGUAAGUAGGCGCAGCUGGUACAUGAGGUCUCGAGAAACAGACGGGUUGGCGGGGAGGCCUCGAGGAGGCAAUUCAGUAUAAUGG